AUGGUCGGUUUCCAUUUACAGAAACUACCCAUAAAUGUCGCAAUUUCAUUUAUGCGGUUCGUGUCUGACGCGCGUACACGCGACAAACGAAUGAGCAAGAGGAAAAAUGAGACAGCAGUGCUGGUAAUGCGAGCGGGUGAUGGCAGCAAAACUGAGACUGAGACUGAGACUGAGACUGAGACUGAGACUGAGACUGAGACUGAGACUGAGACUGAGACUGAGACUGAGACUGAGACUGAGACUGAGACUGAGACUGAGACUGAGACUGAGACUGAGACUGAGACUGAGACUGAGACUGAGACUGAGACUGAGACUGAGACUGAGACUGAGACUGAGACUGAGACUGAGACUGAGACUGAGACUGAGACUGAGACUGAGACUGAGACUGAGACUGAGACUGAGACUGAGACUGAGACUGAGACUGAGACUGAGACUCAGACUGAGACUGAGACUGAGACUGAGACUGAGACUGAGACUGAGACUGAGACUGAGACUGAGACUGAGACUGAGACUGAAACUGAGACUGAGACUGAGACUGAGAAACUUAUAUUAAAAGGGUUGGAAACAUAG